CUUCCAAUUAACAAUUUCCGCAAUGGGAUCAAGUCGUUCGGAUUCGCAGUCGUCAUCCUUGAUAUCAUCACUUUUCUCGAUCAUUGGCCUCCUCGCCGGUGCAGCAGUUGUCGCCGAUGGAUCCCGGGAGCCGAAAGUGCCUUGCUAUUUCAUAUUCGGUGACUCUCUGUUCGACCCUGGCAACAACAACAAUCUCAAUACGACGAUGAAAGCCAAUUACCCUCCUUACGGCGUCGAUUUCCCUUCCGGCGUCGCAACGGGGAGGUACUCCAAUGGACGAACCACGGCCGAUAUAAUUGGUGAACUGCUGGGAUUUGAGAGCUUCAUCCCGCCAUUUGCAUCGGCGCCGAACAACUCUGAGAUACUCGUCGGGGUGAAUUAUGCAUCUGGCUCCGCCGGACUUCUUCUCGAAACUGGGAAAUUCAUGGGUGAGAAUAUAGACCUGAGCCAGCAACUGAAGAACCACGAACAGACGGUGUCCCGAAUAGGUAAGAUAUUGGGGAGCAAGAAGGCCGCCGAUGACCACCUGGCGCAAUGCUUGUACAUCUGCAACAUGGGCAACAACGAUUACAUCGCUAAUUACCUUCAGCCCCAAGUCUCCAACUUCAGCAAGCGCUACAACCCUGACCAGUUCGCCGCAUUUCUCGUCGAGCAGUACUCCCACGAGCUCGUGAGGAUGCACGUUAUGGGGGCAAGGAAGGUGGGAGUUACGGGCUUGAAUCUCAUCGGCUGCACGCCGGCUGCCAUCGCGAUGUACGGAGAUAAGGAUUUGCUCUGCGUCGAUUCGAUGAACAAACUGGUGGUGCCGUUCAACGAGCGCCUCAAAGCGAUCAUCGACAAGCUCAAUGUUCGUUUCACCGAUGCCAAGUUUGUCUACUUGGACAGCGUAACGGCCGGCGGUAUUGCCGGCCAAGCGUUUCCAAUCAAAUCGACGGCUUGCUGUAAGGUGAGCCUGGCGACCGGGAUGUGCAUUCCGAAUGUGGAGCCUUGCAAGACAAGGCGGGCACACGCCUUCUGGGACGCUUUCCACCCUUCCGAGGCCGCCAGCCGCCUCAUUGCGCCAUUUUACCUUCGGGCUCUCAAAAAGAUAUUGUAAAGUGAACUACGUACUACUUGGCCUCAAUGAGCUCUGAUCGGAUUGCAUAUAUGUUUCUUUCUUUCUGUCUGGAGAUUCAUAACUUAGAAAGAAAGGCAUAUUAUAUGUGUUGCAGGCUGAGAAUAAAUGCGCCCUGAAAGAAGAAGGCAUAUUAUACUGAGUGGAUGUUGUUAUCCGCUUGCUCGUCUAUUUUUGUUUAUACUAUUCACAGGAGCUAGCCUCUUGGCAGAAAGAACUUGAUACUAGCUACCAAAAAGUUUUGAAAAGUAUAGUUCUUCCCAGUCAUACAUCUAACAUCUGUAAUCAAAGUGUUGACAAAUGGCAACUGAUGAUUGGUAAAAGAAACUAGUACAACUCAUUUGAAGGGA